AUGACUGAUACCAAAGAGCUCCCGCGCCACCCGCUACGGCUCUGGAACAGCAGUACGAUGGACGAUGCAAAGGUCUUGACUGACCCCGAAAGCGUGGCGAUGGCAACAGCAUUUAUGAAAAAGUCACGGGAACAGUGGGAGGCGGGGAAAUCGCUUCGGUAUGCGCCAGAAUUGAAAGAUCUCGAGCAAGUGGCACGGGAGAUCUAG